UAACGUUGGGAUCCCAAAUAUAAAAUAAAGUUCGUCUUUUACUAAAUUAGUUAGGAGCGGUACUGUCAUCGACAAAGAAAGCCGGAAACGUGAAUUUUUAACAUCAGAUCAGCGAUCGUUUUCGCUCCGUUACUCUUCGCUAGCUUUAAUUUCUCAAUUUCUGUAACAUUUCAACGCCGGGUGUACGCAGUAUCCAGAAUCAAAAUCGCAUUCAACGUGAAAUACUGACGAGAAAGGAAAGACUUGUGUCAAGGCAUUUGUAAUAUUAAAACUAGAAAACAAUGGCUAUUUCAAAAUUCGAAAAUGUUUUUGACACGUGGGUUUAUCCAAGGGUUUACUUUUUCGAAAGACGAUUCAAAGAUGUACACAAACGAUUUACAAAUGUUAUCGAUAACGGUGCAUAUCCUAUCGUAUUCAAGCCGAAAAGCGAGGUAGUUGAUAGGACGCAUCAUUUGAAAGACAUGCUUGAAAAGCCACUGGGCGUAUAUGUCAUCGGGAAAAACAAUAUUGACAAAGACGAUUUGGUUAUAGCCUCAGAGGAACCGCGUCCGUCAGAGAGCGUAAAGAAAUCUUUCUGGGGGAAAAAGAUCGGAAAGGCAGCAGUCAAAGGGCAUGGAUUUACCGUAGUUUUGCUGCACAUUAGUAUAAAGGAUAUUGAUGAAAAGGGAUUGAAGAAAGUUCUAGACAUAGUAAAGGAGUUCACGUCUAAACAUCUGAAGAAAAUGACGGUAUCUCCAGACUCAAUACUCAUCCUUUGUCAGCCGAAGACCACUUGCGAUCAAUCGAAAUUGGAUUCAUUUCAACAAAGGGUACAAAAUGAUGUCAAAGAAAAAUUUCAGUUAGAACUUCAACUCGGUCAGAUACUAUUUUCUAAAGAGAAACAGACAAUAAGCACUAAAAUUUCAGGUAUACUUGAAGCAAAGGUUAUUGACGGAUUGUGCACCAUGAAAGCACAUUUAGAGGGUUUUAUUAAAGGUGUGAGCAAUUUUUUGAUGGAGAAAGUAGAUGUUGUAGAGUCAGAUAAAUUAAUAAACGCACUACAGGGAUUUUUGAAAAACGGGAUGGGCUUUGUUGACAUAUUAGCGGACAGCAGAAGCAAGUCUUUGAAGUUUGAAGAUGUUCUUUUAAAAAAUAUAGUACGCGUUAUUAGAUGUGCUAUCCUGGAACCUCUGUCAAUGAAGUUUGAUCUUACACAAGACGUCUGUAAUCAGGUUGCGUUUGAAUUGAUGCUGGACGAAAAAAUGAAAGAAAAUAUUUCAAGAAACACACGUUACCAUCUCAGUAAAGUGGAAAAGCAUUCUUGCGAUUUAGAGGAAGCUAUAAAGCAAGGUAACAAAUGGUACAGUUUUCCAAGUAGAGACUUUUUGUUCGUUGCUUACCCGCUACGCGACGACAUCAAAAGUGCAGUCCUAAACUUCGAGAAACAUCUUGCAGCUUUGCAAAAAAAUGUUAUUGUUAUGAAGAAGAUGAUCUUUGAAAUUAAAGGGAAUAUUAAAUUGUCCCCAUUCAUACAAGAAGACUUGAGUAUCCCAGAAUGCAAAACAGAAAGGUCCGAGGAACUGAGGAAAGAGUUAUUUGCAAUUGAAGGUGUGUAUGGUAUGGGACGAAUAUUUGGUGAGUGGGAAAUCCAUGUCGAAAACGAGACGGCUGAACAAUUGGUAAAGGCUCUUAUAAUUGAUUAUAGAAUAAGACAUCCAAUUCGCAUCCGACGAGUUAUAAAGAAAGCAACACCGCUAGCAGGAGGUCAAGUAGAGCAUGGAAUAGCGUUAGAAACACAGACACCAAGUGAUCCCAAUAGAUAUCAGUCAGGUACCCUAGGAAUGUUUGCAGACGGCACCAAUAACGAAUUAUUUGCUCUGACAUGUGGACAUGUCGUAAAUGUUUCUGAUGGAAAGGAUCACGAAGUGUACAUACCUGAUGGUACUGGGAAUAGAACGUUGUUAGGUACAAGCUCUCCUGACCGAACAGUUCUGACUGGCAGUCUCCCAACUCGUCUUGUUGACUUAGCUGCUGUCAAGGUUUUUGAUUCAGUUGUCCCAAUGUGUACCAAAUACCUUAAGGAUGACGACGGUAUGUUAAAGAAUGCCGUUCUUUCAACUGAAAGUAUUGCUGACCUAGAGUCAAAAUACGUAUUUAAAUACGGUGCUGCUACAGACUUAACUAAAGGCAUCAUUUGCUCUGCAAACUACCGUAUUGGGUAUAUGCCAAAUGCAUAUAUAAUAUUGAUUGACCCUUUACCAGAUAUCAGUACUGUUGAAUACGCAAUGCGAGGAGAUAGCGGCUCUGUAAAUUGCAUGCCGUAUUUAGAAAAAAGGACAAUUCAGGUUGUGUCUAUGCUGAGUGCCGGAGAAUUAAGACUUCAAGACCAAGAAGAAGAACAUUCAUUUUCAUUCCAUUUGGGAACAGGUUUAGAAGUACUUAGAAAUACACCAUCUGGGAUACAGUUACAUGUUCCGUCUGAAUACAGCGGACGGCAAAUGUACUGAUAAAACAAUUCAAUAAUGAGUAAAUGAUUGCAAUUUAUGACACAUAUUACGAAUAAUGAUACAUUGACAUUUUUGGAAGAAAUUCAUGCACGUGUAAAUAUGAGCAUCGAUGUGAAAGAAGUAUAUCGUUGGAAUUCCAUGUUAAUUGUUUUGCUGUCUUCAUUUCUUUCAUGUUUAAUUAAUUGUAUUCAUUGAAUUGAUUUUAUAAAGUGAAUUGUUUGUUUGUUUGUUUGUUUGUUUGAUUGAUCGUCGGUGUUACUUAUUACCAAAUCAGAAAAAUAAUACUUAUGUGAUUCGAUGUUAGUAAAACUGUUGAAUAAAAGCGUACCUGACACGACUAUUAUAAAUAGAUGUAAAUAAAUGUUUCUAUUGUUUUUAUUCUACCGAGUUCAUUUUACUUACAAAAUGUUAAUAGUAUUUAACCAGUGUUUACUUUUGAUAUUUUUAUCUCUGUCCUAUGUGUCAUUCUCAUGGUCUAAUAUUUAUAUUUUAAAGUAUCAUCAUGGAGACUUUUUGUAUGAUUUUGUUUCCCAAUGUUUGAUUAGAAUAUUUUCUGUUACACAGCUGCAUGAGAAUAAAAAUGUUUUACAUGUACAUGAUACCAAUUUUAAAAUGACUUGUGUUAAAGUUUGUUUCACUUAUAGGACGAUGCUUUAUGAAUGUUUAUAUUUUUACAUGAUAGAAUUAUUUCGUAAUCAUUUUAUCACUGAUAAAUUGUAGAUUAUCUUACUUCGUGAUCAUUUAAUCACAUUUUAAUGAUUUGAGAUUGUCAUUCUUUACUGAUUUUAAAUCAGUUUUAUAUAAUUUGACAAUUAUAGCAUAUUAUAGAUUCUUACCUUUUCUAAAGUUUACGACAAGUAAUAUUGAUGAAUUGUUAUAACUGUUGCAAAUGAUAAGUCUUUGUAAUGUUUGCCUUAAUAUAACAUGUAUUAUCAUUAACUUAAGCGUACAUUUAUAUUUUUAUUUUUUCUUAUUCUGUAAUUUGAAGAAGUAUGAGUAUGUGAAUAAAAUUGCGAGAGAAAGAAAACAUAACCAAUUAGAUAUCGUAUUUUUCAAGGGAAAAUUAUUGAAAUAAAUGAAUACAACCUUUUUCACUUAUACAUGUUCAUUUUGCUUAAUGAACUUUAACUAUUAAUUCAUAAUUUUUACUUAUGAUAUAUUGUUCUAUGCAUAUGUCUGCAGAUGAUGUUUUCAAGAAUGUUUCUUUUUCAUGUCUUGAUAUCCAUAUUGACACACAAUAAAUGAAGUAUUAUAGUAUUAUUUCCGGGAAUGAGAAGAGCGAUUGCGUCAUGCUUUAUAUGUAUUUUCAUAUGUCAUCCGUUAAGAGCUUUAUAUUCGUUUGAAAUUCUAUUUUAUAUGCAAAAUUAGUGUUUGUGGAUCAAGGUCAAUACACAUUGGUUUGCACAUAUUCAUGAUUCUUGAUAAGAAAUGAUUUUGUAUUUGAAAUCUAGAUACUUAAUUAUGUUUGCAAAGAAAACGGCAGAUGGGGUGGGGAAGUUUCUUGGUCGAGAAAAACAGAUCGCUUAGUACUUCAUUCAGCGCUGGAGGCUUGAAUCCUACUAGGGAUAUGUCAUGUCCAUUCCACGCAGAGGGAAGGUGAUUAUUUCGAGCAUGAAAUAUGAGUUAAACGCAUUUAGGUCUCCAACCAACUGUGAAAGCUUAAAGGGUGCCAUAAGUAUAUUAUCUUUGUUGGUGUCAUUCAUAACAGAAAUUAGCAUGUUUUCUUUCUUUGCUUUAUACAUAACUUUGUUUGUAUGAAAUAUGUUAAAGAUGAAUAAAUGAAGGAAUGCAU